AUGGGGUUGUUGUUCAACUCCCACACCAACCAGCUACUCCUGCUGCUAACGGUCCUGGCAGCACUCACAUUCGUCACCUCCAGGGUUCGUCGCUAUUUUAUCCGCCGCGAAUUUACACGCCGCCAUGGCUGCCAGGAACCGCCCAGUGUCAACAAGGAUCCUUUCCUAGCACUCGAUCAAAUCUGGACCUCCGUUCGCUAUUUUCGAGAGUACGUUUCCCUGGAGAAAAACGCUGAGCGCUACCGCCUCUAUGGGGAUACAUACGCCUGGAAAUUACUGCUGGGGCACUACAGAGUCUUUACUAUGGAGCCGGAGAAUGUAAAAUCGGUCUUGUCAACGAGUUUCAAGGAUUGGGGUCUGGGUCACCGUCUUCCGCAUUUUGAACCGCUUCUCGGUAAAGGUAUUUUUGACACAGAUGGUGAGCACUGGGCUACGUCUCGUGCCCUCAUCCGGCCCAGCUUCACCCGCGACCAGGUUGCGGACCUGGCAAUGUUCGAAGAAUUGAUCCCCGACCUCUUUGCCCAGAUUCCUCGUGAUGGAGUGACGGUGGUGGAUCUGCAGGAUCUCUUCUUUCGCUACACUAUCGAUUCAGCCACCGCAUUCCUCUUCGGUCAAUCGGUCGCCAGCCUGAAGAUGGACCAGUCGGAGCUUGGCUUUGCUCAGGCCUUCAACUACUCCCAGGAGGCCAUUACAUUACGAUUCGUUCUGGGCCCAUUAGGCAGAAUCUUCCCCCACAAGAAGGCGGAUAAAUGCUAUCGUUUAUGCCGGGACUUCGCUGCGCGGUUCGUCGAGGAGGCAGUCCAAGCAGCCCAGUCCGAGGGAGCCGAUGGGACUUCGGAGACAAAGCAUGAGAGGUAUAUCUUCUCUCAUGAAUUGGCACGACGCACCUCUGAUAAACGCCGCAUUUUGGACGAGCUCAUGAACGUUCUGCUUGCCGGCCGUGACACUACUGCCGGCCUUUUGAGCAACAUGUUCUUCAUGUUGGCUAAGCACCCAGAAGUCUGGGACAAGCUGCGCCAGGAAGUAGCUACCUUGGAGGGCCGAUUGCCCUCGUAUGAGGAGCUUCGUAACCUGAAGUAUCUCCGAUGUUGUAUGAAUGAAUCAUUACGAUUGCAUCCAGUUGUACCAGUAAACGGGCGCAUCGCACUGAGAGAUACAGUAUUGCCGAAGGGAGGAGGCAAGGAUGGUCGCUCGCCGGUCUUCAUGCCUGAAGGGUCUACAAUUGAGUACAAUGUAUAUGCGAUGCACCGGCGGAAAGAUAUCUAUGGACCCGAUGCAGAUGUUUUCCGCCCUGAGCGCUGGGAGAAUGGACAAUUGCAGCCUCGCUGGGAAUACCUUCCCUUCAAUGGAGGACCACGCAUUUGUCUCGGUCAGCAGUAUGCGCUGACUGAAGCUGGAUAUGUCACUGUUCGCAUGGCCCAAGAAUUCCGGACCUUGAAGGGCCAGGAUCCAGGACCGUGGGAGGAGGCAUUGACCUUGACUCUGUGCUCACGGAAUGGAACGAAGGUGUCUGUCACACCGGCUUGA